CGCUCGCGGCCGUUGCCCUCCGCGGACACCUACCCCGGCCUCCCAUGGCCGGCCGCGGCGGCUUCCCGCUGACCCCGCCGCUCCCGGGGGGACCCCCGCCUACCAUCUCGGUAGCGGCUGCGGCCAUCCCUCCCCCCACGGUUCCAGGACCGGGAGGCGGGCUCUUGCGAGGACCCAGCCCGGCCGGGGCCACCCCAUACCGGCCCAUGGGGCACGCAGCUCAGUUCCAACGCCCUGGGAUGCUGCCUGGUGGCCGAAUACCCAUGACAGGAUUGCAAGUGGGAUCCCCCUCAGGGCCUCCAUAUGGAACAGCUUCCCCACUGAGACCUGGAAUGCCACAGGCCAUGAUGGAUCCUUUCCGGAAGCGCCUCCUUGCUCCGCAGACCCAGCCACCUCCAUCACUAACCCAAAGGCGAGGGCUGAAAAGGAGAAAGAUGGCAGACAAAGUCCUACCACAGAGGAUUCGUGAGCUGGUGCCAGAGUCUCAAGCCUACAUGGAUUUACUGGCCUUUGAACGCAAGCUGGAUCAGACCAUUGCCCGCAAGAGGAUGGAGAUCCAGGAGGCCAUCAAGAAACCUUUGACGCAAAAACGGAAGCUGCGCAUUUACAUCUCCAAUACAUUUACGCCUGGCAAAGAGGAAUCUGAAGGUGGUGAGCGUAUAGCUUCGUGGGAACUUCGUGUGGAGGGCAAGCUCUUGGAUGAUCCAAGUAAGCAGAAGAGGAAGUUCUCAUCCUUUUUCAAGAGCUUGGUCAUCGAGCUAGACAAAGAAUUGUAUGGCCCGGACAACCACCUGGUGGAGUGGCACCGGAUGCCCACAACCCAAGAAACAGAUGGCUUCCAAGUCAAGCGCCCAGGUGACGUCAAUGUGAAAUGCACCCUGCUGCUCAUGCUGGACCACCAGCCUCCUCAAUACAAGCUAGACCCCCGUCUGGCUCGCCUACUGGGCGUUCACACACAGACCCGUGCCAGCAUCAUGCAGGCCCUGUGGCUCUACAUCAAACACAACAAGCUCCAGGACAGCCAUGAGAAAGAGUACAUCAACUGCAACCGCUACUUUCGCCAGAUCUUUGGCUGCAUCCGCAUGCGAUUCUCUGAGAUCCCCAUGAAGUUGGCGGGACUCCUGCAGCAUCCAGAUCCCAUUGUUAUCAACCAUGUGAUCAGUGUGGACCCUAAUGACCAGAAGAAGACCGCCUGCUAUGACAUUGAUGUGGAAGUGGACGACCCCUUGAAGGCCCAAAUGAGCAACUUCUUGGCCUCCACCACUAACCAGCAGGAAAUUGCUUCCCUGGAUUGUAAGAUCCAUGAAACCAUUGAGUCUAUCAACCAGCUGAAGACCCAGCGAGAUUUCAUGCUGAGUUUCAGUAAUAACCCUCAGGAGUUCAUCCAGGAGUGGAUCAGAUCUCAGCAGAGGGACCUGAAGAUCAUCACAGACGUGGUUGGAAACCCGGAAGAGGAGAGACGUGCCGAGUUCUACCAGCAACCAUGGAUGCAAGAGGCUGUCGGGAGACACAUCUUUGCCAAGGUUCAACAACGCAGACAAGAACUGGAACAAGUGCUUGGCGUUCGCCUUACUUAGCGCUGCCACCUCUAUCAACUCUUCUGCACCUUGUGGGACUCUGGAGCGGACUGACAGGCCGACUGUGCUUGUCCAAAAUCCUCUGCCGCUAACCGGGCUGGGGGGAGUUCUGCUGCCUGCCCCCGUUGCUGUCAUUAUUUUUAGGGAUGGGGGCUUAUUCAGUAUCCACCUGGAACUAUACAAGUCUUAAUGCCUGCUUUUUAUAGGGGGAAGUGAGUUCCUCCCUCUCACCAGUCCCCUGCCCUUCCUAUGCGCUUUUCCUCUGGGACACUGGGAUUUUUGUUUUGUUUUUGAGUUGCCUUCUACCUCUUAGCUGAGCCUCAGCAGCCACCCUUGCAUUGCAGGAAGGCGGCAGCUGCUGCUGCCGCCGCUCACUUUUAACCAAAGCUUUGUUCAUUCCAAACUGCCAGCAUCGCUGGCAUUUAAGUCUUUGCACUAUCUUUCUUUGAGGGGGGGGGGGGGUGAGAGAGCAGUUUUGGUUUUGUAGAGGAAGGUUGUUAAUACGUACUAGGUUGGUCCCCUUCCACCAUAUGCAAUGCAACUGGUGUUGUGUGGUGUCAAAGUGGAGGGGUUUGCUCAGGCCUUUGCUGUUCUGUUAAUGACAAUCAGUUGCUGUUUCUCCCCUAGUUCUCCAGCAUAUAUGAGGUUUAGAAGGUGGACAUUGGGGACCAGUUCCUCGGCAAGGCCACUUGGUGCUGCAGGAAGCACUCAUGAGGCCCCAGUCAAUAGGCGACCUUUGCCUCAGCCUUCUUGGGCCUCCUCAAGUGCCUUCACUCCUCAAACUCCUGGCCCCUCAGCACUUAAAUCUAGAAAAUUCCCCUCCUGGUUAGGUCCUUCUCUUGAGAUGUAGUUGGCCAAGUAGGAGCUAAUGGGAAGUUCGCUUGUGUAUGAGCAAGGAUGUUAUCAGUUUCUAUGUUGAAGGUUUUCUAAUAAAAAAAAAUUCUCUUUAA